CACAGAGAGCCGAUUCUGGACUGCACUUUGAUUUAGUGGCUCUUCGUCAUGGGCGUAAGUCAGUGAGAUCGCUAAUAGAGUUGUAAAGUUGCCUGAUACUGCGCAAAAGAGUGAAACCCAGAGAUUCUGUGCCUUGGAGAUGAUGACCAGUCCUGAGAAAAAUGCCAGGGUGGGCUUCGUCAUUCUAAUAACUCACUUCAACAUGGCUCUUUAUUCCACUUGUUUUUGGAUUCAGAACGGAGUCAUGCCGUAUUUGUCAAAGAAGUUGGGGAUGGAUGCGGUCAUGUUUGGUUAUCUACAGACAACGUUUGCUAUUGUCCAGCUUCUGGGUGGACCUCUGUUUGGCAGAUUUGGUGACUUGUUUGGAGGCCGAGCGGCCCUCUCACUGGCAUACCUCUCCUCUAGCCUUACCAGCCUGAUAAUGGGGCUCUCAACAAAUGUGUUGCUGCUUUUCCUAUCUCGAUUGCCCUCCAUAUUCAUGCAUGGAAUGCAAGCUGCUCAGAUGGUUGUGACUGACCUCUCCUUGGAGUCGGAAAGGACUGGAGAACUGGGGAAGCUUGGUCUCUCGUAUGGUGUGGGAAUGAUCAUUGGUUCUUCAGCUGGUGGUUUUCUGAUAUCUAAAUUUGGGGAGUCAUUUGCAGCCUACGUUGCAGCAGCAGGAUCUGUUCUGAACAGCAUAGUAGUGAUGAAAUAUAUACCGGAAGAUACCAAAUCUGUGAGACAAAAAAACAAACCAGAAAUGGCUUCCAGUAAGAGCGUCUUCAAUGUAAAAAAAAUCAUCAAACUGUUGAGCAUCCCUGGAGCCGCAGAAAUACUUGCUGUUAAAGCCAUCACUGGACUGCCAAUGGGAGUAUUCCAGAGUAUGUUUUCGGUUGUUGGUAUGGAUUAUUUCAAACUGGAAGCAGAGGACAAUGGCUACCUCAUGGCUUAUGUUGGUGUUCUGCAAAUGAUUAUGCAAGGGCUGGUUGUUGGAUGGCUGACUAAGCGACUAGGAGAACACACCCUACUUCCCUGGUCCAUCCUGGUGAUUUCUCUAGUAGGUUUAGCCACGGCAUUGAUAAGCAACAUCUUCCAUUUCUACCUAGUAUGCAUUCCCAUGUCCUUCGGAAUCUCUGGAUUAUACCUGACCACAAACAGUAUCUUAACCAAAAUUGUUCCUCCCGCAGACACUGGUGCGAUGCUUGGGUUGAAUAUGUCCGUACACUCUCUCAUCCGUUCAAUGGCUCCCACUAUUGGAGGCUUCCUAUAUCAAUUAUAUGGGUACCCAUCUUUCGGAUACCUGCAGUUCGCAGUCAAUUUGCUAGUCUUUCUCUACGUAUUUAAAAGGAUUUCCAAUUGAAAUGCUGGAAAUCUAGGAACUCUAGGAAAUGUCUUAAUCCUUACAGAAUGGUCAGUUCCAGAAUCUCAAUCAUUUAAGAGAAUCUAAUUAGUAAUCUAAUUUGUGAGUAAUUUCAACACUUGGUGGAUCAGUAGUUUAGUACCAGAGAGAAGAAGAAGAAUGAUGAUAGUGGACGUGCAGCACAUCCAGUGCAUUGAUUAGAGUUGUGAAGAUCAAUGCUGAAGAUUUCUAUGGUUUUUGCUAAUCAGAUGUAUUCGUGACAUUGGUAUUCAGCUGAUAAAUGAAGGAAGUCUAUAUCAAAAAAAGUGAAGAAUAUCAUACAGAACAGAAGCUGCUAAUGUUUUCACAUAGUUAUAGAGCUGAGAGGUAAUUAAUUCUCCAGUUGGACAGUAGCCGUAUGGUUGCUAUUGUGCUUCAGCUUUAUCUCCUGCUCCUCUUCGUGUUGGGCAAUUUGUGGGCAUUGUGGUUGAUUUGCUUCCCCUCCAGUAAUGUGAAUUUGAGGCAUAAUAAGAACCAACGUGGAACUGAAAGGAGGCACACAAUUAGGUAAGCGACUAACUGGACUAGUCACUAGUCUGACUAGUCAGACUAACUAACUAGUCAGUGCUCCUCCCCUGCUGUAUGCACUGAUUUUUUAAUGCUUCUGAUUCUUAAAGCUAUUUUGACAGCUCCUUCUCCAUUUUAUGUGGUCUUGGGCCUUGGAUUCCCAAGCAAGUGGGGAUAUUACCCUUAUAAGGAGUCUAUGUGAAACCUAGUGAUGACUUUCCCUGUGGCAAGUAUCAGGGAGACUCAUUGUAGUCACAGUGCCUACCUGUCAAACCUGGACCACAACCAUUAGUUGCCCACACCACAACUAGGCUGGUUGCCAAGAGAAUGUUUCUCAGUGAUACUUCAAGGGCAUUUUAUCAUCACUGGGACGUUAGGCAGGAUGAUCUCUGCCAAACAGUAUAGUAAUUUUGCUGCUGAUCAAAUGAUAGAUUAUUAUUUACUCUCUGUGAAAUUGAAUUCACAUUGAGCAAGAUUAAAAAGUAGACAAAAACACCUGAAUAAUAAAUAGCAGGUACUAUUAAGACUCAAUGGGUCAGGUAGCGAGAGAUAGGGGAAAUGGUGGGUUAAUUUUUUUCAGGCUUUUGACCCUUUGUAAGAAUUGUUGAAGCCUGGUUGUAAAACUGGCUGGUUCACUGCUGGAAAACACAGCACCACCUGGUCAGUCUAACAUCGAACUACUGAACACUACAAAGCCACCAUAGAUUAGGCCUGAAUUGCAUUAAAUUAAAAAUAAAAGCAGGUCAAGUUAACCUCAGAAGGAAGUGCAAAUGGAGAUCAGAAAAAUUUGUACAAUGAACAAAAGUUAGUCAGAUAUUUUCACAAAAUCCUGUAAUGAUCUUUUAAGUAAAUCUCAGUUUUUUAUGAAUUAUUCUAACCUUGGUCAUACUUCAUCAUUUCCAAAGUGCUGCUGAAUUUUAAGUAUUGGUGAUUUUGCCAAGAUUAUCAACAUUUUCCCUCCUCUUUAUCUUUUGCUUCUUGACAGCAUUAUGUAUUUUAUCCAAAAUUUCAUUGCUUAGACCUGUGCUCUUUUCAUUUUGGAAUGAUAAGGGGUAAUCUUAUUGAAACAGAUAGGGAUGGGGAAAAAACUGACAGAUACAAAAGGAUCUGUAUCUGUUUAAAGCAAUUGUCUGAAAAUUCUGUCUUCCAUGAGCCCCUGUGCAUGCCCAGAACGGUCUAACAGAGCAAUGUGGCAACUCUGCCCUUGCUUUAUCACUAUGGGCGGAAAUAGCUAAUACAAGGGGGCAUAAUUUUAAGGUGGUUUAAUGAAAGUCUAGGAGGAAUGUCAGAGGUAAACUCUUUACACAGAGAGUGGUGGGUGCAUAGAACACCCUGCCAGGGCUGAUGGUAAAGGCAGAUACAUUAUGGGCAUUUAAGAAGUUCUUUGAUAGGCACAUGGAUGGUAGAAAAAUUGAGGGCUAUGUAGGAGGCGAGUGUUAGGUUGAUCUUAGAGUUGACUAUAAGUUCGGCACAACAUCAUGGAUCGAGGGGCCUGUACUCUGCUGUUACGUUCUAUGUUCUUAACAUUACUGCUCUAGCUACUAGUUUUGGGGAGAAAGAAAGGGAAGAGAACUCAUAGUAUGCUUGUACUUCUACCACAUGCUCCAUGCACACCCAGUCCUUCCAUGAAACUCAGGGAAGAUCAGUCUUAAAAGCUUGGAAAGCAAGGGAACAAUUGGCAAGUCCCAGUUCAGGAAAUCUCAGCCAAGUGGCUCGCAGUGACCUACUGCUCUUACUGGUUUUCUGUGCUGUAUUUGGUGUUUUAUUGAUAAUCUUCAUUAACCAUGCAGAUACAAAGUCCUUGCUGCCUUGGUUUCCCUAUGAAAUUCAGACAGUAGCAUGGAAAACGUCUAGUCACAGCCAGAUGUAGAAGAGAACACUGAACCAGAGCAAAAUGAUAUACAGGAAGAGGGCUGGACAGCCCUUUACUGAGGACACUUUCACAUAAUUGAUUGUGCCAAAUGACCUUGAGCAGAUCUGCAGGUUUGAGGAUAACUAGAUUCAACUGUGCAUUGUAACUGUAAAAGAAAACACUCAUUUGCAAGGAUUAAGGAAAUUACACAUGAACAGUUCCACACAAGAAAUAAAUGUUAGCUGACCUGAAGAAUUGUGGGACAGGGUAUUUGGUGUCUUGGACAGGUGAUGUUGGUGAAGGUGAACAAGGAGUUGGAGGUACUAAUAAUAGAACUAAGAUGUGCUAAAGGGUGCAGAAAGAUAUAUGAAGGGAGAAGAUGCACAGUAUAUUUGCAUUUUGGGUCAUGUUGUAGAUGAUUGAAUUGAUGGAGGUUUCUGAUAAUUCACAGGCUGACAAAAACAGAUUCAGUAAUAUUGUGAAACCAGCAACAGGCUGAAACCAGAAAGGGAAUAGACAUGGUUAUAGGAUCUGUUCAUGUGGCAAAGACUUGUUCCAAUCAGAUAAAUGCUAUUGCAAAAAAACGGCUGGGAAAAGAGUUGACUCUAUCUGAAUGUGCUCAAGGAAUGGGACAUAUUAAUCCAGUCGGCUAUGUGUUGUUGCACCCGUCCCCAUCCCAAAGUUUAAGUUUAAGCCUGAUUAAUGCUGUAUACUUAUGGUGAUGUGAAUUUAUUGAUCUUUGACAGUUGUAGAAAUGUGCCACAGUAAACAAUGAUUUAAAUCAAUAUGCUGAAUUUUCCCUCCAUUUCAUUGUCAUUUUCUGCAUAUCCCUUUUGAUCAUUAUCUUGUGGUGUAACUUAUAAGUCUGACAUUUUUGUAUCCAUUGUAAAAUAGAAGAAUAAAGAACUGAAUAAGGGUGUCAGAAACCUUAUAGCUCCUAAAGUGUCUUGCAAAUGGCACACAAAUUAUUCCAGAAACAGCCACCCUUCCCAUAAAUUCAUGUUUUAUUUCCAGUGAUCACAGACUCCAAGACUGAAUACUGAAUUUACUUUAAAGAAAUAUUUCAACUAAAGAGAAUGCUGUUGUUCUUUCUUAGCCUUGGCAAUAUGACUAUUCUUCAUCUGUAAACUUAAACAACAAAGGUAAUAAAUGUAAUAAAAAUGGAGCAUGUCCACA